AGAAGGGCCCAUCUCAAGCAGAGUGGGUCAUGCUCGUGGAAGAUGAUUUUCCAGUAUGCGGCGAGUGGGGAUGGCGAGGCAUCCUCGACGUCAUGAACGAACUCCAGCGUGAUGGUAAAUAUGGAGGAUUUGUUGGAACCGGUGGCAGUGGUCUGAUCAUCCACCGGAGCCUGUUGCCCAUCCUCACGCACACAUUGCGUAUACAUGGUCUGCAGCACUCCCCGAUGCCACCCUCUGUGCCGCGCCGGCCUGCAGACAUCAUCAUACAAGACUGCCUUUUUGGAACGGACUUGUUAUGUCCACAUAACACCCAGGAGCCCUCACUUGUUAUCACAUCUCGUCUCGUCAUGGAUCAUAUAGGCGGAAGCGCCAGUACCAUGAGAAAUCGCAGGUAUCCUGCUGAUAGGUGGAGGUGUGGUUGGAGACAUCCAUUUCAUGGCUUGACGCGAGUCGAUGUUGUACCAGUUUGA